AAAACGAUGAACAACGUAGUGCUCGAUUAACAUCAAUUAAGCAUCAUGCCCAUGAAGUUCGUUCAUUACAAAAUAGAGAAGAGCGCGAUGCACGAUUAACAUCAAUGAAACAACAUGCACAAGAGACACGAACACAGCAAUCCCAAGAGAUACAAGAAGCACAAUUACUUCAAACGUCAGAGUGUAGAAGAAAACGAAAUUUGAAGAAAAAGAACAAUAAAUCGUUGGUCGCAUGGCCCCAAAGAAUUUCAGAUGAAAUAAAAAAGAAAUGUUUACAAAAUUUCGUGGAACAAGUAUCGAUGUCGAAAAUUUCCGAGUCAACAUGUUGUAUUUGUCAUAUUCGAUCCCCUACGUGUAAAAUGAAGCAAACGACGGUUUCAAAAAUUCCGAAUAUUAGUUUAUUAAAGUCUCAUGAAAAGUUAUAUGAGAUCAUACAAAGAACAAUUAGUCCUGUUUCUUAUAUUGCUACGCAUGAUGAUACCAAUGCAAAUGCUGGAAGAGAUGUAUCUGAACGAGUUGGCAAUGAUCGUGACUCGACUAAUGUCUAUUAUGAAGAUGCAUUGUUGUACAGAACUGGCUUACAUGUAAAUGAUCGUUUACAAGAUUCUUCAAAGU